AUGGCGGGUGUCUCGGCGCUCGCUCUCGCUGCUUCUGCGGCGGUCCUCUCCCUGCUCGUUCUUUCGAGCGCCGGACGGUCGCCGCCGUCUGGGCCAGUGGCCGUGGGCGCGCUGCUGGACCUGACGAGCGACGCGGGGAGGCAGAGCCUCACCUGCCUGUCCAUGGCGCUGGACGACUUCUACGCGGCGCACGCCGGCUCCGGCGCCGCGCGGGUGGAGCUGCGGCAACACCAAGAAGGGCAGCCCGGGCAAGGGGUGCAGCGCAAUGCCAACCACAUCGAAAGGAGAUGCGGUUGUGAUGGCGUCAAAUAUGAUAGUCGCAAGGGAGUAACCGAUAUAUCUGCCCCUCCACAGACUGCAGACCGCUUCGAGCGCUCGCUUCUCCUCCGCCGCCGGCGGGCGGCCAGCCACCAUCUGUCGUCCUCUUCCGCGCGCCCACCCCCUCCCAGUCCUCUUCCUCCAUUGCCACGCCGAAGGGUCGUCCGCGUCCGCCCGUCCUCAUCCCCCGCUUCCGGCCCCCAGAUCCCCCCUCCACCGUUCCUUCCGGCGACUGUAACGGCGACUCCCGGUGACCAUCAGCAGCAACUCGAACCGGCGGUAAUCAUCCAAGCCGAUGAUUUGAUCAGAAAAGAUCGAGUACAAGCCAUCAUUGGGCCUGAAACCUCAGCCGAAUCUGAGUUCGUUGGAUACCUUGGGAAUCAUACGCACACUCCAAUACUCUCUUUGGCUCCAACCUCUGCCGCAUCGACGCUUUUCUUUCUACAGAUUGCACCCAAUGUGUCCUUUCAGGUCACUCCAGUUGCUGCUAUCCUUGAUAUGUUCACAUGGCGCACUACCAUCGUGGUGUAUGAAGACUCGCCAUAUGGAGCCCGCAUCCUCGCGGGGCUCUUUUACACCCUUCAGGGUUACAACAUACGUAUCAUGGAUAGCAUAGCUUUGCCGGUCGGUGUGACUGAGGACUACCUCAACAAAGUACUCUACAAUAUCAAGGAGACACCCACACGAGUGUUCAUUGUGCAUAUGCACCCGGAUCUUGCUGCUCGUGUCUUCUACCAGGCCACUAUCGCUGGUAUGAUGUCUGAUGGCUAUAUCUGGAUAGCCACUUCCAGCAUUGGCGGUGUAGUGGAGAGCUUCAGUCCUAACAAGAUCGAUCAUAUGCAGGGGGUUGUCACCCUUCGACCUUAUGUGCAGGCAACAGAUCAUAUCAUGAACUUCACUGCAAGGUUCAAGUCAAGGUUUCAGAUGGAGAAUCCAGGCAUUCACGAUGUACCCAACCCGAGCACUCAGCUGCUCUGGGCUUACGACACUGCAUGGGCUCUUGCCAAAGCAGUCCAUAUAGCCAGAGUGUCCAGCUCAACACCUGGGAGAAUGCUUCUCGGCGCAGUCCUCAACACAACAUUUGAUGGGCUGGCUGGGAGGUUCAGUUUGUUAAAUGGGCAGUUGCAGCUAUCAACACAUGAGGUUAUCAACAUCGUCGGUAAAGGUGCAAGAACAGUCGGUUUCUGGACGCCUGAAUCUGGGAUCUUGAAGAGUUUGGAAACCAAUAGUGUGACAGGGCUGAAACAAGUACUCUGGCCAGGUCAUCUAGCAAUUGCUCCAAAAGGGUGGGACGUGUCAUCGAACAAGCGGCCUCUUCGUAUGGUUGUGCCUGAAAAGCAGGGAUUUAACGAGUUUAUUGAGAUCACCUACAGCCCAACAAGCAAUAGUUCUACUGCGAGAGGCUACUGUAUUGAUAUUUUUGACAUGGUCAUGAAGAAUUUGCCCUAUCCAGUGGCCUACCACUAUGUGCCACUUAGUGAUAGCUCGCAAAAUUAUGACAAUCUUCUCAGCCUAGUGCAGGAAAAGAAAGCUGAUGGCAUGGUCGGUGAUACGACCAUCACGAUGAGCAGGAUGAAUAUGGUGUCCUUCACAAAGCCUUUCACCGACACGGGAUUGUCAAUGGUAGUGGUAGUGAAGGAAGAAACUGAGGGGGGCAUGUGGAUCUUCCUGCAGCCACUUACAACUACCCUCUGGAUCACCAGCUUAGCCUUUUUCUGCUUUACCGGUUUUGUUGUGUGGGUGGUUGAGCACCGAAUCAACCCCAAAUUCCGUGGCACACCUUGCCAGCAGUUUGGCACCGCCUUCUACUUUGCAUUCUCGACUCUUGUCUUCUCCCACAAGGAGAAGCUGGAGAGCAACCUGUCAAGAUUCAUGGUUAUCAUAUGGGUCUUCCUUGUCCUUAUUCUAACAUCAAGCUACACGGCAAACUUAACAUCAGUGCUGACAGUCCAGCGGCUCCAACCAACAGUGACUAGCGUGCAAGAUCUCCUAAGAAACGGUGAUUACGUGGGGUAUCACAAGGGCUCCGCUGUGCCAUACUGGCUUGAGAAAAUGGGCUUCCGCAAGGAAAUUUUACUGGGCUAUAGCACAGUGGAGGAGUAUGCUGACGCCCUACGGAGGGGAUCUGGCAAUGGAGGGGUGUCUGCAAUAUUUGACGAGAUCCCCUACCUAAAGGCAUUCCUUUCCAAGUACUGUGAAGGUUACACCAUGAUUGGCCCGACCUACAGGUUGGGAGGCUUCGGGUUUGCUUUCCCGAUAGGGUCGCCAAUUGUGCAUGACGUGUCACAGGCCAUCUUGUCUCCUGCAGUACAAGAGGAGAUGGAACGGAUAGAGAAGAAAUGGUUCGGUGACCUGGGAGCUUGUCAGAGCAAAAGCAACAGCGUCGGCUCAUCCAGCCUCGGUUUAAGCAGCUUCAGUGGGUUGUUCCUUGUCAGUGGCACCGUGUCAGGCCUCGUGCUCCUCAUCCAACUGGCAAUCUUCGUCUACCAAGAGCACAACAAGCUCUGGGACACAUCACUGCAUAAAUGGUUUCAAUGCCUUGAUUUCCUUGUUGGCGCCAAGGAUUGGAGGUUGCCAAUCUUCAACGGACCACACAUCAGGAAUGACGAUAGUGUGAAUCAGCCCCAUGGAGCUACAACAGAGGUUACUGCCAUGCAUGACUUCACUUCUCCACUCUGAUGUUCAUGCUGGUACUCCCCUGACAGAGGAGAUAUUGAAGCCUGGGUUUUGUAGCAACUUGGAGCACUAGUUUCAGGUAUCAAGAUAGUUUUUUUGUUUGUGGUUACUAGGAUAGCAUAGUUUGGCGCUUCCUUUUUUUAAAAUAAAUAGUGUAUGCUGAUGUAUCAAGGGAACAGUUUACAGUUGUGGCAUUUAGUGAAUUUUUUUUUGCUGAUCAUGUAGGAAUUUUCGUCACCCGUUGGAUGUUGCCAUGAGAUUUCGCUCAUCUGUUAUGUUAUUUGAAACCCUAGCAAA